CUUGGACUGGUAGUCAAACGCGACCACUUCUCCUUGCAGACGUUGGCCCAAGCAGGUGAGGCAAGAGACAUGGCUCCCGACGCUGAAAUACUCCCCCGGUCCAGGAGCCGCCAUCUUCUCCGCCAGGAAACCGGAGCGCCUGCCUUACGUAAAACGACGCGACGUCGUAUUGAGACGGAACUUGGGCGUGUCAAAAUUGUCAACGGUUUCAACCGCUUUUUAUUUAAAGUGCUCCCCCAACCGGAGAGAUGACGGUACUGCAACCUCUGCUGCAGCACAUCCUGAAGUACAAACGAAUCAAGAUCAAUGCUUUUUGAUUUGUAUCUUCAUCGAAAUAUAUGAGAGGACGUAAGAAUGGAGGCCGUUUACACCCAGGGCAUCUGGAUGGCAGAAAGUCUCCAGCAGAGGACGAUAAGUCAAGAAAAAAUGUGGCUAGUUGUCACACAUAUCGGAGAUCCCAAAGCAUCCUUCCUGCUCGUCUUUCCUUUCACAUAUUUCAUCAGCAAACGAGCUGGAGUAGCUGUUCUUUGGGUAGCAGCUAUAUCGGAGUGGUUAAACUUGGUGUUUAAAUGGAUGCUGUUUGGGGAAAGGCCAUUCUGGUGGAUAGGUGAAUCACGUCUGUUCGUCAACAAGCAACCCAACGUUCAGCAGUUUUCCUCCACCUGUGAAACCGGCCCAGGCAGUCCGUCGGGACAUGCGAUGGUGACGGCAGCAGCCUGGUGGGUCGUGGUGUCCUCGCUGGGGUCAUUUCUGUACUCACGUACUCACAGCAUGGUGUUAUCAGCUACUCCCUACCUGUUCUAUGUCCUAAUGCUGGGGGCAGUUGGAAUCUCCAGGAUCUUUAUCCUUGCCCACUUCCCUCACCAGGUCAUUGCUGGCUCCAUUACAGGUUUCAUUCUGGGGAUUGUUCUGGGCCGCAGAGUACCAGAAGGCCGCCCCCUGCUGUUCUUCUUUAGCUUCAGCAUGGGUCUGCUGCUCAGUACUCUAAUACUGCAUGCUGGACUGCAGCAGCUGGGAAUUGACCUCUCCUGGUCUAUUGCUUUGGCUAAGAAAUGGUGCAGCCACGCUGAGUGGAUUCGUUUGGAUACAGCCCCAUUCUCGUCUCUGACUCGAGACUGCGGGGCCCUUCUGGGUUUGGGGCUGGCCCAGUACUGGAAGCCUGGCGGAUGGUCUCUGCCUUGGGCUCCACGGGCUUUGUCUCUGGCCAUUUCCUCCAUGGGACUGUACCACGUCAAUCGUCUGCCGCUCCCGGUCCGACCACAAGGCCUCUUCUAUAGCCUGGUCUUUGUUAAAUUUGUCAUAGUGCCCCAGAUUGUCAUGGUACUUGUGCCUGGACUGGUUUACCUUUUCACACGCAAAAAGAGGAAGGACUAGAAACCAUUUUCUCUCCACAUUAGGUGUCUUUCACACCUCCAAGGGCGAUAGCUUCCUCCUCAGUUUCUGUAAACAUUUUAAAUGUCUAUUUAAUGUAUUUCAUGUGUACUCUUGUGGAUAAAGGCUAUUGUUAGUCACUGCA